AUGAGCUGGGUUCUUACAAUUUCCCAAAUAACUUUUACUAUUCUGACAACAAUGUGUACUGUAUUCGACAUUGUGCUUCUGUUAAGUGUGAUCAAACAGCGAUUUUUCACAAGUAGUACUAGUAAAACUCCUUUUGUAUACAUCACAGCUAUGACUUUAAGCGGGAUUAUUGGAAAAUUUGCCGACUUUUUCAUGGUUGAUGCAUGGCCAAUUGGUGAUCUGAUUGAUCCGGUUAACGGAUAUGAAAAUUACCGAAAACUUAUCGGAAAGCAAAUAACUUUAAUUGCAACGUACUGUUAUCUUAUUGCAAUUUUCUUAAAUUGCCUGAUGACGUGCCACCGUGUCUCAAUAUUAUGCAGUCCAGCAAAAGCCCCACAAUGGUUCACUGAUAUCAAAUUAGCGCUAUAUUCGAUGAGUAUUAUGUUGAUUCUUUUUGUGGUUCUUUUGAUUCCUUACUAUUCGGAAUGCUCUUUGAAUUUCAAUGCUCGGGCAAGUUUCCACGAAGCCGCAUGUGCUCCCAAGCGACAUCAGCUAACCCUAAUUCAAAAUCAAUACUUGAUUUGGGUUCCAGUAUCCGCCGUGACGGUGAAUGUGUCUAUGAUUUUGUAUAUCAAAUUUUCAAGGAAAUUUAUCAAAAAACCGAUUUCCCUGUCACUAACGACCAUUAAACGGGAGAACGAGAUGAUUCGGCAGGCAUGCUUCAUUGCAACUGAAAUUUCGAUUUUCGAAGUUGGUUACUUGUUCAUGAGACUUUAUCCGGAUGAAUUUGAAAGCCUACCACAGGAGGUUCAAACCAUAACGUAUUUAGUGAGACUCUUCGCAUUCUGCUCUUUAAAUUUCUUUGUGUAUUUUGUCGAAACUAAGUCUACACGGAAUCUAGUUCUGAACUACAUUGGAUGGAGAACGAAUUCCACGAAGCUUGUCACUCCAACAAUAGUUUCCAUUACUCAAGUAAAAAGGAUUUCAUAA